AUGAAUAUUGUCCGAUUCAUAUCGAUCCUCAGAAUCACAUGUGCUGCUGUGGAAGUGCAUGUCGGUACCAAUGAGAAACUCGAGUCUAGCAAAUAUAACAAAACAUUGACUGAAGUACGGAGAGAGGCCGCGACCAAACUGCUAGUAAUUUCCACUGAGUUUAAAUCUGAUGAUGGCUUUAUCGACCUAAUGCGUCGCAUUGAGAAUAGUCUAGAGCAAUAUGAAGCCAACUACACGGAUUAUAUGACUAAUGUUAAAAGUAAGAAGACGUGGACUUUCUGGAAUGCGAUGUUCUAUGCUGGGACUAUUUAUACUACCAUAGUGCGUCGUGCCUCGCUAUGCCUCGAUAUAGUUGAGGAAUCUGUUAUCGACAAAGAUCUGUCAGAGUUGCAGUCAUUUAUAAAUAAAAAGGUGAUGAGUGAAGAAGGAAAUGAAGCGAAAAGUAGUUUGACCCUCUCCAUUCCCAAAAUAAAAGCUGAAUCCGAAACCCAGACCACUGGUCAAUUAGUGUCGAGAUCUCCUGAAAUAAUAAAAGACGAAAAUAUGGAUACUGAACAGAAACAAAUAAUGUCAAUUAGAAAAAGAAGAAAUCUAUCGAAAAAUCGAGGACAAGCUGCUCGUCAAAGAGAAAAGACUCCUGAACCUGGAAGAACUCCUAUUCCACAUGAAGACACGACUACAUCUGAUGACGAAGAAACGAAAUUACAACCACAACGAAAUUCAAGAGAACUUGAGGCAGAAAAGAACUAUUUAGAAGUGAAAAGAUUAGUCCAAGAGAGAGCUAGUGUCAAAGAUCCGGUGUAUGAUUUAGAUACUGACGAAAUAUUGGAAGCUAGAGUUACAGCAGCAAAUGAAAGAAGACGACGAAGCAUAUCACCUUUUGCAGUACCAGAUAAGGAGGAACUAAAAGGACUUGAACGAAAGGGAAGCUUUAUUGAUCCCUCUAAUAAAUUGUUAUCUACGAAUUAUAAUUUGAGUCCAAAAGAUGAAGAUAAAAAUCGCCGUAAUUCUUUAACUAUUGAACCUGCAAAAGAUAGCAAACUUUCCCUUUCCCCACCAACAACAGCUUCUCCAAUAGAAAAAGGAUUUCCAUUUCCUUUGCCCACGACUCCAAAAAAGUUAACUGAAAUUGUAUACGAUGAUGAAAAAACGGAAGGUAGAAAUAUUAAAUGUGCUGAAAAUAAUGAUGAAAUAUUUACUUUUGAAGAAAAAGAACCUAAGCAGUGUUCAAAAAUGCCUCCUAAAACACCUGAUACGCCAAACUCUCCUGGUGAACUCGUGACUAAAGUUAUUCAAGUGGAAAGAACACCCAGUAAAAAGUUAACUUCAGAUAAAAAACCAAACGUCGAAGUAAGGGAAAGAAUUGUCAGAACUCCAAGUAGGAAAAUGUCAUCAGAUGUUAAGCCAGUAAUUAUAAAGCAGCAACUUGCAAAACAGGUAAAAGAUGAACCACAAGCUAGAGUGCCACCUGUUAAACCUGCUCGCAGUAAAUCAGCAUCAAGAUUUGGGAGUAAAACAAGUGAGAGUGAAAUGAGUGAAGAUCAAGGAAAUCAACUACAAAACAAUCCUGCAGUACAGAAACGUAAGGUCCAACCAAUUCCUCGGCGUUUCACUAAAAAUAGAUCUCCAAGGGCUAAUCGCUCACAAUCAAUAAACAGAUUCGAUGAAACACAGGUAAUAGAUAAAACUGGGACUGGAAUGAGUCAAACUAGUAGAGAGAUUAUCGACCUUAUGCAAAAAGCUAGAGCUAGAAGUUUAUCUAUACCUAAAGAUGACCCAAGAAUUCCACCAGUGUAUAAGCAUCAUUCUAAAAAUUUGCAAACACCUUCUAUAACUCCGUCAACUCUGAGAAAUGUUAGAGGCAUAUCCUGUCCUAAAACGAUUCAAAUUAUCAGUGAUAAGGAAAUUUUGUCUGGUUUGUCAACAAAUCAAAGAGUUGGCUUAGAACAAGGAAAGCGUAGCAAACAAAGUUCUGGAUAUAUUGAUGCAAGUCAAUCGGAAUACACUUCUAGUUGUUAUUCAACUUCUCCUAGUGAAAACGAAUAUGAAUUUGAUUUAUCCGAACGAACAGCUGAAUUGACUCGAAAACUGAAGAUGCUCAGUCAAGAAGUGGAACGAGUUGAAACUAAAAGUAACUUAAUUUUAUCUAAAGAGAUUGCAAAUAGGCACAAAGAACCGAUAAUUGAUGAAAAGCCUAAAGUACGUAAAAGGUCUUUAAUUAGCGCCAAAAACGAAAUUCAGAAACCAAAUGAUAGCCAAUUAUCAGACAGUAAAAAAAAGGCUGAUAAUGAUGAUAAGAAACAAAAAGCAUUAAAAUCUAGAUGGAGAAUGAUAUCCUGUUGGCGGGAAUUUAAGCGGGAACGCAAAACAGAUUGUGAUAAAAUACGUUCGCUUAGAAAUAGAUGUAUUUGUGAUUUGUUGAUUUUGAUAAUAUUAUGCGGUUUGGGUGGCAUGAUGUUUAAAUCUUUUGAAGGAUCGUUUGAAAAUACUUACAAAUGCGGGUCUAGGAGUGUUAAGAGAGAUUUUAUUGAAGCAUUGUGGCGCGGUAGUCAUUACUUACGCGAAGAAGACUGGAAGUCUUUAGCUCGUAAUAAAUUACACGAAUUUGAGGAUCAACUGCAUACAGCAUUUGAAGCUGGCGUCACUUCUUACAGUGGACAGCGGUCGUGGAAUUUCAUGAACUCCUUCAUAUACUGUCUUACGUUAAUUACAACUAUUGGUUACGGCCAUAUUGCACCUAAAACUACAUAUGGGAGAGCGGCGACCAUAAUUUAUGCCAUAAUAGGUAUACCACUAUUCUUGAUUGUGCUAGCUGACUUUGGCAAACUCUUUACGAGGAUCAUCAAAUUCUUUUGGUCGUUUAUUCGGAGAUUUUACUACACAAGAAGUUGCCGGAAAGUCCGGAGAACCGUCCCCGUACAGGAGGUAAUGAAAGGACUGAAUGUUGUCUCUGAUUUUGUUCGGAGACCCUCCCAAAUAUUCAACGAAGAAGACAUCGAAGACGGCCAGACCCUGCCACCGCCUUUGACUAGGAAACCCAGUGACGUCCCUCCACCCUUACCCCCUAAACCAGGAGAGGCGAUAAUUAUAGAUGAUAAUGAUACAGAUCCAGAGACACCUGCUCCUUCGGUAUUUGAAAUUGACGAUGAGUUUAACCUACCAAUAUCAGUAGCGAUAGUAAUCUUAGUGAUAUAUAUAUUUAUAGGUGCAUUCAUUUAUAACCUUUGGGAGAAUUGGACAUUCUUUGAGUCGUUCUAUUUCGUUUUUAUAUCAAUGUCUACAAUAGGUCUUGGUGAUUUAGUACCCGAUCAUCCUCAUAGAAUGAUGGCCUCCAUUAUGUAUCUCGUUUUUGGUUUGGCUCUAACAUCUAUGUGUAUUAAUGUUGUCCAAGUCAAACUUAAUGAUACAUUUAAGCAGGCUAGUGCCAAACUUGGAGCUACUAUAGGCCUAAAGGUUGCUGAAGAAGAUGGAAGCCUUGUACCCAUUACACCACCACCCAUUGAGAUAGUACCAGUCCAUAAAUCUAAGACAGAACAUGAAGAUAAUAUUAAACGUAAACAAUUAGAAAGCGAAUUAAAAGAAAAUGAAUCCAAAGCAAAUGAAUCCAAAGAAAAUGAAUCCAAAGAAAAUGAAUCCAAAGAAAAUGAAUCUAAAGAAAAUGAAUUCAAAGAAAAUGAGUCCAAAGAAAAUGAAUCCAAAGAAUAUGAAUCCAAAGAAAAUGAUUCUAAUGAUAAAAAUAGGUAGAGUCAUUAAGAUUGAUUGGUGCUAUAAUCUAAUCGUAUUUAUUAUAAGUUAUAUUUUUAAGUAACUACUUACUAACUUAUAGAUUAUUAUAUUUUACAUAUUUAUUGUGUUGUUGAUGUGUGUGUAAAUAAAGUUUUUUUUUGUAAUUUAACUUUAUUUUUAUUAAAAUUAGUAAUAACAUGAAUUUGAAUUUUUUAACCUAUAUUGUGAGUAAAAUAAGAGUUUUUAGAUAGUCAAAAAUUCCGGCUGAAAUAGUUAAGGAUAAAAAUUCCUUUAUUAUUGCAAAAAAUAAGAAGAACGAGAAUUAUUUUUGUUUUAUUCAUUGAUUCAGGCAUAAUAGGAAUGUUCGCACCGAAUGAGUUU